CUUCUUCAGGGCCUUCAAGAUCAAUGAGCUGAAAACUGAAGUGACCAAUAGGCUGGCUAUGUUGGAGAAGAGAGUGGAGCUGGAGGGCCUGAAGGUUGUGGAGAUUGAAAAGUGCAAGAACGACUUAAAGAAGCUGAGAGAUGAGAUGACUUCCAGAGGAGGAGGAAGAGUGAAUUGUCCGUGUAAGUACAACUUCUCGGACGAUGGAAAGAAAUUAACUCCUCGACGUGAUGUGCCCAGCUAUCCAAAGUACACACUCUCUCAGGAGACGAUCGAAGCUCUGAAGAAGCCAACCUUUGACGUCUGGCAUUGGGAGCAUAAUGAAAUGCUCAGUUGCUUGGAAUAUAUGUACCAUGACUUAGGCUUGGUAAAGGAAUUCAACAUGAACCCCAUUACUCUCAAACGUUGGUUGCUUGCUAUUCAAGAGAAUUACCGUAGCAAUCCGUUCCAUAACUUCCGCCAUUGCUUCUGUGUGAGCCAGAUGAUGUAUGGCAUGAUUCACUUGUGCAACCUUCAGGAAAAGCUCACACUGACAGACUUGGGCAUUUUAAUGACUGCUGCAGUAUGUCACGACUUGGACCAUCCUGGCUACAAUAACACCUACCAGAUAAAUGCACGUACUGAGCUAGCUGUACGUUACAAUGAUAUCUCACCUCUGGAGAACCACCACUGUGCUGUGGCCUUUCAGAUUCUCGCUUUGCCCGAGUGUAACAUCUUUGCCAAUGUGGACCCCGAAGCCUUUAAACAGAUCCGUCAGGCGAUCAUCACACUGAUUUUGGCUACUGACAUGGCCAGGCAUGGUGAGAUCCUCGACUCUUUCAAGCACAAAGUGGACAAUUUUGACUUCACCAAUGAGGAACAUGUAACAUGUCUGAAGAUGGUCCUGAUCAAAUGCUGUGACAUUUCUAAUGAAGUCAGGCCCACAGAAGUUGCCGAACCAUGGGUAGACUGUCUUCUGGAGGAGUACUUCAUGCAGAGUGACAGAGAGAAAUCUGAGGGUCUACCUGUCGCUCCGUUCAUGGACAGAGACAAAGUGACCAAGCCCACAGCUCAGAUUGGCUUCAUUAAGUUUGUCCUCAUCCCCAUGUUUGAAACUGUGAUGAAGCUGUUCCCACAGAUUGAGGAGAUCAUGGUACAACCUCUGAGAGACUCACGAGAUCAUUAUGAGGAGCUCAAGCAGAUUGAUGAUGCCAUGACUGAGAAGAAAAAAACAGAAAAUAUGUCAUUAGGAGGAAAGAAGAAAUAAGCCUUGGGGCGAGCUCAGUGAUACUGUGGAUCUUGCUUUCUGGCCCGCUUCCACAGAAUGCCGGUCUAAGGCUUUGAUAAGAUGCUUCACUCAAAGGUCUUCCCUGAAGCUGCGGUGGUGUUCGAACUGGUUUCUCACCAAAGAGAUAUAUGAACUAUUCAGGCUUGUUGAACCCAGGACAAGGGUUCUCUCAACAUAGCUGCAAACAGAUAGACUGGUACCCUGUUGGUCCGCUAGAUCGUUCUCUUCUUCCUUUUUUUCUUCUGUCUUAAGCUUUUCAGCGUUGCAGUGUUGCACUGGGACGUCUGUUCAAGGUUACAAAGAGCAUUUAUUACGUUGUCUGAAAUCACUGAAGUUGAUCGAGUCCAAUGGAGCAACUACGGAGCAGUGUAAUAACACCUAACGAUAUCUUCUGUAUUUUAACUUAAUUUUAAUAGUAAUUGCAGAAAAGAAUCCAUCACGGUGUUUCAUAUAAAUUCAUAUAAAUGAGUGUCGGAAUAAAAUAAAUCAACAAAAAGGCAUUGGGUGGUAAUGCACAAUCUUUCUCAUUAUGAUGCAUGAGUU